AUGUCCGCCAAUCGUGACGACAAGUUCUCUCUUCCGCUUUCUGGCCCCGUCAUCGACCAUACAGGACCAGUCCAAAUCGGCGAAUGGUCGGACGUUGAGGCUUCAGGAAAACCUAUGGAGAUUGACUCCUGCAUUGAGGAUACGCCGGACGUUAGGUAUUUUGAAUGGGAGGUUCGGUUAAUACCGGUCUGGACACAGUGGUUGGAUGCACGCGAAAAGCGGCUCGAGUUCCAACGGUUCCGCAUACGCGCUCUCCGGUUGCCGCUGCACCAGCGAUACACACCACUUCUGCCGUCGCCGCUUCGGAACGUCGUUACGGUGUCGGACCUGCCAGAAAACGAGCUCUCUGAUGCUGAAACCGUCGACGAUCCGCGGUCUAAUGGUACAGCGAUGUCCGAGGCCGCCUCGUCGGCAUCGGACGGUUCGAUCAGCCCAGGGUUGAGUAGCAACGGGUCGGACGUUUCGGAUGAGCUAGGAUGGCAACGGAAAAAUAAAAUGGAGGCGAAGGGACCGGCGAUAGACGAUCGUUCGGUCACAUCGGCGCCGACACCGUCACCGUCCCCGCCGCCACAAUAG